AUGGGUUGUGUAGAUCAGCCGUUGGGCCAGCUGGGCCGACACGCCAUGAGGCUACUUGUCUUCCUGGGCCUGCUGUGUGGCAUGGUGACAGCUCCCCUAGCCCCACGGUGGCCUGAGCCUGUGUUUGGGCGCCUGGCAUCUCCUGGCUUCCCAGGUGAGUAUGCCAACGACCAGGAGAAACGCUGGACCCUGACUGCACCUCCUGGUUACCGCCUGCGCCUCUACUUCACCCACUUCGACUUGGAGCUCUCCUAUGGCUGCGAGUACGACUAUGUUAAGCUGAGCUCGGGGCCCAAGGUGCUGACCACGCUGUGCGGCUGGGAGACCACAGACACAGAGCAGGCACCGGGCAACACUACUUUCUACUCACUGCCGGGUGCCAGACUAGAGGUCACCUUCCACUCUGACUACUCCAAUGAGAAGUUGUUCACGGGCUUUGAGGCCUUCUACGCAGCAGAGGACGUUGAUGAGUGCCAGGUGGCCCCAGGAGAGGUGCCCCCUUGUGACCACUAUUGCCACAACUAUCUGGGUGGUUUCUACUGCUCCUGCCGGCCUGGCUAUGUGCUGCAUCAGAACAAGCACACCUGCUCAGCUCGAUGCUCAGACCAGGUCUUCACCAAGCGCUCCGCGGAGCUCAGCAGCCCGGAACACCCACAGCCAUACCCCAAACUCUCCAGCUGCACCUACAGCAUCCGCCUGGAGGAGGGAUUCAGCAUUAUCCUGGACUUUGUGCAGUCCUUCGACGUGGAGACACACCCCGAAAUCCAGUGCCCCUACGACUCCCUCAAGAUUCAAACUGACAAAGAGGAAUAUGGCCCAUUUUGUGGUACAACAUUGCCUCCCAGGAUUGAAACCAAGAGCAACAAUGUGACCAUCACCUUUGUCACGGAUGAGUCAGGGGACCACACAGGCUGGAAGAUACGCUACACGAGCACAGCUCAGCCGUGUCCUAAUCCGAUAGCACCACCUAAUGGCCAUAUUUCACCUGUGCAAGAUAGAUACAUCCUGAAAGACCGCUUCUCUGUCAUCUGUGAGACGGGCUUUGAGCUUCUGAAAGGCUACUUGCCCCUGAAGUCAUUCUCUGCAGUCUGUCAGAAAGAUGGAUCUUGGGACCAGCCGAUGCCAGAAUGCAGCAUUGUUGACUGUGGCCCUCCUGAUGACCUACCCAAUGGCCAAGUUGAAUAUAUCACAGGUCCUGAAGAGACCACUUACCAAGCUGUGAUUCAGUACAGCUGUAAAGAAAACUUCUACUCAAUGAAGACGGAUAAUGAUGGUAAAUAUGUGUGUAAGGCUGAUGGAUUCUGGACGAACGCCAAAGAAGAAAAUUCACUCCCAGUCUGUGAGCCUGUUUGUGGUUUAUCAACCCGUACUACAGGAAGUCGUAUAUAUGGAGGACAAAAUGCAAAGCUUGGAGAUUUUCCUUGGCAAGUCCUGCUGUUAGGUGAAACUACUGCAGCAGGUGCACUUUUAUAUGAUGAAUGGAUCCUAACAGCUGCUCACGCUGUCUACAGGCAAAAAGACGAUGCAUCCUCCCUGGACAUCAGAAUGGGUGCCCUGAAGAGACUCUCAUCUCAUUAUACAGAAGCCUGGGCAGAAGCCAUUUUCAUACAUGAUGGUUACAUUCACGAUGUUGACUUCAACAAUGACAUAGCACUAAUUAAACUGAAGAGCAAAGUUGUCAUCAACAGCAACAUCAUGCCUAUUUGUUUGCCAAGAACAGAGGCGGAAGCCUUCAUGAGGACAAAUGACAUUGGAACCAUAGCUGGAUGGGGAUUAACUCAAAGGGGUUUUCUUGCCAGAAGUCUAAUGUUUGUUGACAUACCAAUUGUUGACCACCAAAGAUGUACUGCUGCCUAUGAAAAGAAACCUUAUCCAGGGGCUCGAGUAACUGACAACAUGCUAUGUGCUGGCUUAGACAGUGGAGGUAAGGACAGUUGUAAAGGCGACAGUGGAGGAGCUUUGGUAUUUCUAGAUAAUGCCACACAAAGGUGGUUUGUGGGAGGAAUAGUGUCUUGGGGUUCUAUUAAUUGUGGGGAAGCAGAGCAAUACGGAGUCUACACAAAGGUUAUUAAUUACAUUGACUGGAUCAAUAGUAUAAUUAGUACAUUUUAA